UCUCUCUCUCUCUCUGUAAACGUUGUCCUUAUUUAAAUAUCUUUGGCCCCAUUUUCAUUUCUUACCACUCUUUCUCUUUCUCUCUAUCAUUUUCUUCUCCUUCUAGAAGAAACUCUCUGCAUUCUCUUUAAUUAUGGUUUCUUCCGAGGGUUUAGCAAGCGUCGAACCUUGGUUGUCUGGACAAAGAUUCAACGUGGAUUCUUGGUUGCUUCAUGACGCCUUUUCUCACGACAAUGAUUUACUCACCAAAGCUCUCCAUAACACCGUCUCAUCACCAACACCAACACCAACACCACAUACUCUCUCCCCCUCCUCUGUUUUCCUCCACUCCUCAACUCACACACUCUCCUCCAACAUCUCCUCCGGUGGAUCCGAUCAAGAAAUCAUCGGCGGAGGAGCUAAAAGAAAACAUAACAGCAUCCCUACUAGCUCCGAAGGUAAAGCCAUCAUGAAACGCCGCUCACGAGCUUCCAAGAAACCUCAAACCACGUUCAUAACAGCAGAUCCAUCAAACUUCCGCCAAAUGGUUCAGCAAGUGACUGGCGCCAAGUACAUCAACGACACUUCCUCGAUGCUAUUUACUCCGAUCAUCGUCAAGCCUGAGCCACAUAGACUCGUCAACAUACUUUCUACCUCCACGUCGGUUCCAACGUUGGAUACAUCUGCAUUUUUGUCUACUCAUCACCAUGAGAAUCUCGUGGUGGGAAAUACAUUUUCCGGUGGUGACGCCGUGGGAUUAAUACCUACGGCGAAAGCUAAUGCAAAGAGUGGUGGUUCAGCUGCGGAGUUUGAUCCUUACCCAAGUUUUCCGACGCUUGAGUCGUGGAAGGUUAUGUGAUUCCUUUUAAGUUGUUUGUAAUCUUUUAACUCUUUUUUUUUUAUAAUUUGCAUCUCAUAAUGAAUUAUCUUGUUCAUAGAUUUUGCUACUUAAUCGGUUGACUUUUUAAAAAUUAUUAAGCUGAUAUGUAAUUUGUUUUGUUGAUUUAAAUCUUUAGCUAAGCUCGAGCCAUGGUUUAGUGAACUGAGUAUAAAGCUCAAUUACAUGUUCAACGUAAAUAACUAUUUAGAAACCAUAUGUAAUUUUGCCCAUUGAUUAAUAAUGUUAGUCUUCUUCUCACA